AUGAAUUCUACGAUUAAUUCAUCUGUACUUGAUUCAACAACGAGUACCGUAACGCUUGGAAGAAUAUCGCCUGAUUGUUCAGUUCGGAAAUCAUUGCCAUGUUCACCGGUUUACUACAAUACUACGAAAACACUCGACUUCAUAUCAGAUUCACGCAACAUAAAUGGACGCAAUAGUAACGAUUUUGAGACGCGACGGAAACCUGAAGUAAAACGAAAAGUUACACUCUUCAGAAAAACAAUGCCGCCAGCAUUACCAAUUCAAAUACUCGAAUUAAACAUCAGUGAAAAUAUUCCUUCAACUUCUGUUCAGUCGACAAAUCUACCUAUAGAAAACUAUUCACUGCAGAAAACACGCAAACUCCGGAGCCUUUCCUCAGAUGGUGUUCGAUUAAUAAGUCUUCAGACGAAAAAUACACACUCACGAAAUGCAUCAAUGUCGCAGAAUUCAUCUAACCGGAGUGUAAAGCUAUUUAACAGUCCUGUUUACAAUAAUGUUUCACUCAUUUCGCACACGCAUCAAGAUUAUUCACCAACUACACUCAAUGAUACAGUUUACUCAGACCCAGUGUUUUCAACAACUGUACAAGUUGUAAAAACAGUCAGUUUAGUUAGCCAACAAAUUGCUACAAGUCAAACAGAGAAAUAUGGUGCUCUAAUAAAAAAUAUCGGUGCAACAAUAAAGGAAUUAUUCUCUGCAAUUCAAACUGAAUUCGGUGACAAUGUGGACGAUGAGAUCCUUCUAGCCGAACGUCAGUUAAACUCUUCGAUGUAUUCUCUAAUAUCGACUACAAAAGAUGCUAAACAACAGAACAAUCGUGGUCCACUGCUUGAAGAGUACCGACGACAUUUAAUGAGUCUGGCGUAUGCAAUAGCAGCUGAUGCACAUGCACUAUAUACGACUGUAUAUGAAAACCGUGUCAAACAUAAUCGAAAUUAG